AUGGCGAUCUCCGCUCCGGUUACCGUGGCAGUGGGUGGACGAUGGCAAGAGAUUGAAGAUGCCAACCAUCGCCUGUCCCGCGACCUGGCCUUGGCAGAAGAAGACGCCGUCAGCCACAAGUUGGCACUGGCCAAGGCCGAGGCUUCCUUACGGAUGGCUGAUUCAAGAAACAGCGGUCUUCGGGAGGCUCUUGAAGCGAAAGCCGCAGAAGCCGAGGCUUUCCGCGAGUCUCUGGUCCUAUCCGCUCAGGCCUUGGCUGAGACCAGUGCUGCAGCCUCAAUAGCGAAUGAGGAGGUCUCUCAGCUGACAUCCUCGUGCUCUUCUUCCGCCUUCGAGUGCCAGCGGCUCCGAGAGUCCCUGGAGGAGUCUCUGGCAGAGGCAUCCAGAACCAUGACCCAGCUUGCAGCAAAGCAGCAAGACCUGUCCCUGGAGUCCAGCCAAAAGGCCGAGAUGGCUGCCAAGAACCUCCACCUAGAGUCGGAGCUGGCCAUGCUGCAGUCCAGGUACAGCAAUCAAGGAACGCAUGUGCAGCUGCUCCUCCGAGAGAAGGAGCGACUGUGGACGCAGCUCAGCCGCUGUCGAAACGCUGCUCCACGACCCCCUGCCCAGCAUGCAGCUUGGGCUUCAAGCCAUCUCCGAAACGCAAGACCCUAA